AUGGAAAAUACAAAUAUUGUAUAUUCAUCAAAAUACGAUGAUGACCAAUUAAUUACAUAUACUUUGAUCAACGAGAAAUAUUGUAUUGGGGUAAACAAUAAAAACAAAUUACUUGUAAUAAAUUUGAAAACUAACAAGACAAUGGUACUAUCCAAUACUUUUGAAAACAAUAUUGGUAAUAACAAACAAAUAUUACUUUUAAAACAUAUUGUUUUAAAUAAGAAUAACAAUACUGAAUUAUGCAAUAAAAUGACAACUAUUAACAAUCAAGCUAAUGAUGAAAAGAUUAUUUUAUUAUUUUGGUGUAAUGGUACAAAAUUACAAUGGUGUGAUUUUGAUAAAGUGUUGGAAACAUCUAACAAAAAUAUCUCUAUUCCGAGGAAAAGAAAACAAAAUAGUAAGUAUUUUAAUUCUUCCUCAUUUUCCUCUAUUGGAACUUGGAAUUUAACUAAUUCACGAGAUAUAAUCACAGAUUUUGAUCUGAAAUUGAUAUCGGAUGAUGCUAAGGACAAAAUUAAUGGGGAUAUUGUAAGGUUAAGUUAUGUCACUAAAUAUGGAGAUGUUAAUGUUAUAGAUAUUUAUAGAAAAUCUCCGAUGUAUAAAAUAAGAAAAUUAGAAACCAACCUAACAAACCGCAAACCUGUUCAAUCAUUCGAUAUGAAUACAGAUACGUCAUUUUUCUUUGCACCCAAAUUUAUUUCUCGGUUAAAACAAAUUGGCGAUGAUACUUUCCAAUGCGUGAAAUUCAUUAAUGAUAAACUUAUGUUUGCAAGCUGUUUUGAUAAUAAAAUUUAUGUUUUUAAAGUAAUAGAUCACAAUAACAAGAUGGAAGGUGCGGAUAAGAAUAAAAACAAAAAUUUAGCCGCUUUGAAACUAAUUAUGAAAUAUAAUGGAAUAAAUGAUCACUUACAUAAAGAAUAUAUGGCUACCAACUUCGAUUUAGAUGAGUUAGUCCUAACAAAUUUUGAUAUUUCAUUAAAUGAAGAAGAACAAGAAUCAAACAAUGAAGAUUCUGGAUUGUUAUGUGUAAAUGUUAAUAACUACGGGUGUCUACUAUUUUCAUUCAACUAUGAUAAAGGUAAAGAUGAAAUGGCUUUCAAUGUAAUACAACGAUUUAAAAGGGUAUCACAUUUAGCCAAUAAUAAUAAUAAUAAUAAUAAUAAUAAUAAUAAUAAUAAUAAUAAUAAUAAUAAUAAUAAUAAUAAUAAUAAUAAUAAUAAUAAUAGUAAUAUAGAAUAUUCCGAAAAAAUUAACCCGUGUAUUAUUAAAAAGGAUAAUAAAAUUACAAUAUAUAGUGGAAGUAGCAAUGGGAUAUUAUACAUAUGGAAUAACAACGGUUUUUAUGUUGAAAAUGUUAACGUACAAGAACAAGGGGAAAAGAGUGCUGGUAACACAGUAAUACAUUCACUAAUUAAAAAUAACAAUAAAGUUUAUUUUCUAGCUGAUUUCGAUACGCUAUUUAGUUUUCCUACUCAUUUUUAA